AAGAGCCGACUUCCGUUGUGACCUCCAGAAUCCAUGUGCAAUAGAAUUGUACUUCUACUAGUGUUCUUAUUUGUGCUAAGAAAUUGCAUAAGAAAGCUUUGGACGUGCACACUUUAACCGGUGCCUCCGAACAUCAUGCCGCUUUCCAGUACCUGUCAGAAUUGUGCAAAGUCCAAGGUCCGGUGUGUACGGAAUACUGCAGAAUCAGAUAUCUGCUCUCGGUAAUGGUCCAAGAAAGCCAAGGCGGUCUAUGUAUAGCUUAUUGAGAUUGUAUAGGUGUGCACGGUUGAACAAGCAAUGUAUAUAUCGUGAGACCGGUCGGCGGUUUAAGGGCUUCAAAAAAGACCGGCAGAUAGAAGCUCUUGAGUCAAAGAUCAAUGAACUCAUGACUAACUCCAAAUCAACUCCAGCAAACCCAACAGUCCUCGAAAACGCUAUAUGCAGUCCAACUGGCGAAGAAACUGACAAGGACAGGAUGGACGUUAUUGCACGCGGUCUACUAAAUAUGGAAACUGCCCAGUCUUUCAUAGAUAUUUAUAAGACGGAAAUGGCGUUACAUUUUCCGUUCGUUGUUAUCUCACCGGAGGUCACUGCCCCAGAUCUUCGGCAAGAAAAGCCAUUUCUCUUCUUAGCUUUACUCGCAUCUGCGGCAUACUCCAAUAUGCCACUGCAGAGAGUGCUAGGUAAGGAGAUCAAGAGAAUCAUUGCUUCUCGCAUGAUUAUGCGCGGAGACGUUUCAUUUGAGUUUCUACAGGGAAUGCUGGUCUUUCUGGCUUGGUCCCAUUACCACUCGCGACCCCAUCGAUAUACGCAGUUUCUACAGCUGGCUAUAGGUCUUCUGGUUGAGCUGCGGUUGGAUCGACCACCACAAACGAAAACAUGGAAAACGGCACUUAGAUUUAAUAAAGAAUAUGCACUCGACGAUGAAGACUAUGUUCGCCCAUCCUGGGGCCUUGAGGAGCAGAGAGCCGUGGUUGGAUGUUAUUACUUGUCAUCCACCAUUUCCAUCCUUCUACACAAGCCGUCUUGCUUCCCAAAUAUAGCGCCUUAUCUCGAACAAUGCUGCCAGUCUCUACACAAUGAAGGUGACCUCGCUCAUGACAAACACAUUAUGCACAUUUUCCAAUUGCAGGUUAUCGCGGAAAAGAUUAACAAUCUGUCUUGGAAACACGGCAUCGAGCUGGGUAGCACGAGCUCAGCAGCAGAGCUAUAUGUCAGUAACAUUAAAUCUGACUUAGAUAGAUUACGCGGCCAGCUUCCUGUUGACUUUUAUGAAACUCCGGUUAUGGCUAUGCAGCUCUAUACCACAGAGCUAUGCUUGUACCAACUGAGCCUUUCUCAGCAGAGCGCACUAUCUUCUAGGUCGGCAUGUUCCAUAGUCUCUCAGACCUGGUGGGACGAGAUCUUCUGUUCUGGCCUUACUGCCGCAGAUAAUAUUCUAAAAAUGUACAUGGGGCUGCCGAUAGGGGGCGAACAGGGGUUCAACAACACACAAUGGGUACAAAUGGCUUUCUGCAUCCUGGUUGCUUGUAGGCAAAUUGUCGCAGCUUCACGCAUGGGAAAGGCGGCCCUAAUUCCGCAGAGUCGUACAUGGCCGGAAACUCUAGGAAGACUGCGGCAGCGCCUAGCAGCAUUAUCUACACCACAGGUGGAUUUGGAUGGCGAUCGAGACGUCUUUGUCGACUUCGAGAAACGUGUUGCUCGCAUCCAGGGCUGGUUUUCUUACCACUUCGAAAGCCCAGAAACAACCUAUCCUUCUCAGAGCCUUGCCGCAAGGCAAGAUUUAGGCCUGGAUACUACAACAGGACUGUCCUAUGACACUACCGUUGGACCGUUAGACAUGCCCGAGGAUCCGUCAUUGACUGGCUAUGAUUUCCAAUUAGCUGCAGAAUUCUUCCUUCCUCCCAAUCUGGACAUGAUGACUGGUUGGAUAUAACAAGUUGUCUCGCCUUAUUCAACCGUCGGAAAUUGAACGGGGACGUACCUAUAUAUAUGCCAUCCCGUACUUGAUUGGCGUCACGGCGGUUCUAUUCUCUCCAUUCUUUCUAUUUAAUACUUUCUUUCUUCCUACAUUGGCUAAUAUUGUUUCCUAAUGCUGGUUUGUGUGCAAGGCCCCCCAUUUUGUGAGGCUGUGUUAGUGUUUGUGUGAAGGCUUGUUGCAUCUCCGAUCCGAUCUUCCUAAUGUUGGGGCCGAAAUACCUCAGGGUUUGUACACGUUCCAUCUCCGACCCGACAAGUAGAAAAUAAAUACCUAACUCAGGGAACCAUCAUAACGCUGUCAACACGAAGCAUCAAAAGUAUUAUUGCAUAUCAAAAUGUCUAAAUCACAUUUUACUAUCAUUUUCCCCGUCCUUUGUCUUAUUCAUUCCGUAUCUUCAUUUACUCCCUGCCCACUCUUAGGGCCAGCAUUCCCAGCAUUCACGCUC